UUGAAUAUACAGUAGUUCAGCAAGGCUGGAGUCGGAUUGCGUCGGAUGUUUUUCGCCUUCUGAGACGAGCACAGCGGGACGUGGUGGUUGUAGUCGUCGGUAAUACUCAUCAUCGACACCUAUAUUUAACAUUUGAAUGAGAUUUAUCAGCUAGGAAGGCGUUUUCUCCGCCGCAUGCUCACUUGAGGACACUGCACUGCUUGCAACCGACAAUAUGGACUUGCACAUAUUGGACCACAGGCUCCGGGUCAUCAGCAUAUCCAAGAAUGGGCUGGUGAAUUUCACACACCCCCUGAUUAAACUGAUAUUCCUCCGGAACAGGACACGAUGCAAGUUUUUCAGUCUGACAGAGACCCCAGAGAACUACACGGUUGUCCUUGACGAGGAAGGAUUCAAAGAGCUCCAGCCCUCAGAGCAUCUCAAGGUCGAAAGCUCCAGAUGGCUGCCCCUCAACGUGGUUUCCAAUGGCAAUGCCUCCAGCAGCUCACAGGCUGUUGGCGUGACUAAGAUCGCCAAGUCGGUCAUCGCCCCUCUGGCCCAGCAGCACGUCUCUGUCUUCAUGCUCUCCACUUAUCAGACAGACUUUAUCCUGGUGAGAGAGAAAGAUCUGUCCGUCGUCAUCAGCACUCUGGAGGAGGAGUUCAAUAUCUACAAGGAGGUGGGAGGAGAGUCUGUCCCUAUGCAUUGUCAGGAUGUUGCCAACGGCCUCCAGAAGAACGGUAAAGAAGCCAUCCAGCCCACAGUUCACCCGGUGCUGAUCCCCCAGAACCAGUUCUGUGUCAUGUCUCUGGACCCGGACACACUGCCAUCCAUCGCCACCACGCUCAUAGACGUCCUCUUUUAUUCCAACAGUCCUAAAGAGGACGCACAGUCAGCUCUCAGCCAGGACUGUAUCAAGUUCUUCUCCUUCUCCCUCAUUGACGGCUACAUCUCACUGGUGAUGGACACUGAGGCUCAGAGACGGUUUCCUGCUGAUCUUCUCUUCACCAGUUCCUCAGGGGAACUCUGGAGAAUGGUUCGUAUAGGGGGACAACCGCUAGGCUUUGAUGAAUGUGGUAUAGUUGCCCAGAUAUCUCAGCCUCUGGCUGACAGCGACAUCUCUGCCUAUUACAUAAGCACCUUCAGCUUCGACCAUGCUCUGGUCCCCGAGGAGGACAUAGUGAGUGUGACCAACAUGCUCCAGCAUCAGAGGAAAGAUCCAGUCGCUAGUUGAUUUCUGAAGUCCCGUCUGAGCUGGACGAUCCUGACUCAAUACGCCGCCCCUCACUCCAGCUCCAGUGGCCAAGGGUGGCAGGCCGGCAGGAAAAGAGGCUAACCCUGUGCCUAGACUAGCACUGCAUCGCCAGCAGUAUUAACUACUACGAACGUGCCAUGAACACCAGAAGCGCUUCUCUAUCGUGUGCAUACAGUUUGUCUGUGAGGCCUCCUGUCUUACCUAUCUAAGGCAGGAUGCACUGAGUCCCAGGGGGCCCACAAGCUCACACAUGCACAUCAAAAUGCACAAUCACUCCUAAACAUACACAUACACACACAACCACACACAGCACACACUCGCACAUUCAAAUUCACAAGCACAAAGUCAGAUAUAUGACUCUUUCUCUCUAAUGCAGAUUUCUCGUGGUGUAUGGUCUGAAGUUGAAUCGUUCAUAAUAUUAUUUAGCUGCAAACGGCAGAACUCCUUUUACAUACAUUUCACUAGUGCUAUAAACACACAACUUAGUCUUCCAGUAAUGUUUAUAUCAUAAUGCCAUGUGUCUAAACGACCCUUUUUUAUGUUUUUAAUAAAAGGCCAUUCGCAAUAAUUGCAAUUUUCCCUUUUGUGAAACUGGAAGUGCGAAGCUUGAAAUGCAAGGCAUUUAUGAGAGUGUUUAUCUUAGUCAUUCAUGCAAAAUAAAACUGAGAAUUUCUAUUUUUUGACAACAGGGCUCACUCGUUUAGGUUAGAGAAGAAUGCGCAGGUAGUGCUUGUAUAUUAAAAUUACUACAGAUGCUGUCAGGCAGCAGAGUAGGCUCGGUCAGUGUUUUUUUUUUGUGUUUUUUAAAGUGGUCAGCAUUUCUUAACCGUAGUAUUACCCAAGGUCAAUCAAUAACACUAUGUCUUAUGUUUUGUUAUUUGCACAAUAAACUUUUUAUUUAGCUAAUAUCACUCGGACAUUUUCUUUGGUACACCUUUUGUACAAUUUGAAGUAAACAUAUUCUGUAAACAUUUGUAAUUUUUGUGCUGCUUCAUUCAAUAAAGAAUAUUGAAGAUGAGUA